GAUUAGGAGUUUCCCGUCUACCAAAUAUGCCCUGUCCAGGAAUUAAGCAGCAGAAUCGAGACCAAGUCCGCGUUAUUUUGCCUCUAACUGUUGACGAGUACCAAAUUGCCCAACUGUAUGCUGUCGCGAAAGCGUCCAAAGAACAAACGGGAGGUGGCGAUGGUGUUGAAGUCUUACAAAAUUGCCCCUUUAAUGAUAAAAUUUUUCCUCCGGAAUCUCCACUCCUUGAUGGCUUUAGAUCAGGGCAAUAUACACACAAAAUCUAUCAUGUGGCGAGCAAAUUACCUUCGUUUGUCUCGGCCCUACUCCCUACCAGCUUGAUGACAUUCAACGAGAUCGCUUGGAAUGCUUAUCCAUACUGUCGGACUAUUCUAACGGCGCACAACCUCCCCAGAGACUUACUGGCCAAAAGAAAGGUGAUAUAUGUAGAUAUUUCGGCUUCCGCUGCCGUUGGUGACACAAAUCCCGGAGAAGACCCAACUGAGUACGUUUCUAAAAAGACCAAAAGGGGUCCACUACUAAAGGAGCGAUGGUGGGAGAAGAAGCAUAACUGUCCUGUCAUGUGCGCCUACAAAUUAGUGACGUGUGAAUUUAAAGUUUGGGGUUUCCAGGGCCGUGUUGAAGAAAUGAUUCAGCGCGUAAGUUACGCACUCACUUUUGCUAAUGCUUUUUGGUGA